AUGGCCGGUUCAGACGUCGAGGCAAAGGUUGUCGUGCUAGGCUCGCAGGGCGUCGGCAAAACCAGUCUGGUCCACCGCUACGUCAAGAACGCCUUCGCAAACACCACCUCCACUGUCGGAGCCUCGUUCUUGACCAAGAAGGUCGUCGAUAUCGACACUUCCACCGUGGUUCGCCUCCAGAUAUGGGACACUGCUGGCCAAGAGAGAUACCGCAGCAUUUCAAAGCUGUACUACCGGGGCGCUAAUGCAGCUGUUCUCUGCUACGACAUCACCGAUCCGAAGUCCUUUGAGGAAAUGGGCCGCUGGCUCAUCGAGCUGAAGAACAAUCUGGGAGACGACAUCAUCCUGCACGUCGUUGGCACCAAAGUCGAUAGGGUUGCAGAGGACCCUUCGGCACGGAAGGUUCCUUUCGAAAGAUGCAUCGCCUACGUCGCCGAGAACCUGUUUCCGCAGCAGACACAGCAGGACAAACAGACCACGUCCGUGCCAAAGAGCCUUUGGGGCGUCACCGGCGGAGGCAAGGACGACAGCGGCAUGGCGAGCCCGCAAAGCAACAGGAGCAGCGGCUUCUGGGGCCAGGACGUGGGAUGGGACUGUUGCCACGAGAUCAGCGCCAAGGAUGGUGAGGGCGUUGAGGAAGUGUUCCGAGUCAUCACUCGCAAACUGGUCGAGCAGCGGAACAAGAUCAUGGAGCAGGACUUUCUCAGCUCAGGCGGCGUGACUCCUGCGCUCAACGGUGGGGCCGGCCAAGGAGGCUAUUUCGACUACUCUUCGGGGAGUGGGAGCGGCAGCUUCAGAGUCGGCUUGGGCGAUAAGCGCCGGAGUUGGCUAGGCUUCCCGACUCCUUCACCAGGACUUGGCGGGCCCAUGCAGACCCCUGGUGGCGAAGAGUGGAAUGCUGAGAUCGAGAGGACUGAAAAGAAAGGCAGUAGGUGUUGCUGA